UAUUCGCGGACUUGGGCAAAAACCCGCAAGGAGACCGGGCGGGACUUCAGGAGGGAGGGGGCGGGGCUUCUGGGUGUUGGGCGCGAGCAGUUUGAAAGACGGUUGGUGUCGGUUCGGCUGCUAAGGUCCGAUUUUGCAGCCCCAUCCCUGCUCAAUGGCAGACCCCGAGGAGCUGCGGAUGUCUUCGCCGCCCCCGCCGCCCCCCUCCUCUCCCUCGUCUUCCGACGCCUCGUCAGCGUCUUCCCCCGGCGUUCCAGUGAGUUUGGGCUGGCCAGUUCCGAGCAGGAGCAGCGGCCGAACGGUGGACCCUCUGGAGGAGGUGGAGCUGCAGAUUGGAGACGCAGCAUUUUCAUUAACCAAACUUCUUGAAGCCACAUCUGCAGUAUCAGCUCAAGUGGAAGAGCUUGCCUUCAAAUGUACAGAAAAUGCACGUUUCCUUAAAACAUGGCGGGACCUUUUGAAAGAAGGCUAUGAUUCUUUGAAGCCUGACAACUGAUUUGGCUGUGUAAUAAUUCAUACUUACUCAUUUUUGAUAUUUGCACAUGUACCAUAAGUAUAUGGUUGUCUCCAGCAGUUCUAUAUAUUCAGAAUGAAAUCAUCUUGGUUUUCUCACUUUUGUGAAAGCAGAAUACUGAUUCUGUUUUUCAUGCUGGAUGAUACUUAUCUUUAAAUAUUUUCUGUCCUCUAAACAUUAAAAGUCUAUUUUAUGAAAGUUAA